AUGUUGAAGUCAGAGGGUUCCAAGGACCCAGAACAGCUGCGGAAGCUCUUCAUCGGAGGCUUGAGCUCUGAAACCACGAAUCAGAGCCUGAGAAGCCAUUUUGAGCAGUGGGGCACGCUCACAGACUGCGUGGUGAUAAAAGACCCCAACACCAAGUACUCCAGAGGUUUCGGAUUUGUCACCUAUGCCACCGGGGAGCAGGUGGAUGCCACCAUGAACGCAAGGCCACACAGGGUGGAUGGAAAGUUGGUGGAGACCAAGAGAGCUGUCUCCAGAGAAGAUUCUCGACACCCUGGGGCCCACAUCACCGUGAGGAAGAUUUUUGUGAGUGGCAUUAAAGAAGACAUUGAAGAACACCACCUAAAAGAUUAUUUUAAACAAUACGGCAACAUUGAAGUAAUUGAUAUCAUGACUGACCCAGGCAGUGGCAAGAAGAGAGGUUUUGCUUUUAUCACCUUUGAUGACCAUGAUGCUGUCGACAAGAUUGUCAUUCGGAAAUACCAUACUGUGAAUGGCCACACCUGUAAAGCCAAGAAAUACUUAUCAAAGCAAGAGAUUGCUAAUGCUUCAUCCAGCCAAAGAGGACAAAGAGGUUUUGGAAACUUUUGGGGUGGCAGUGGAGGUGACUUUUGUGCCAACAACUACUUGGACCUUGGGAGAAGCUUAAGUGGUCAAGGAAGCAAUUUUGGAGGUGGUGAAAGCUACAGUGAUCUUGGCAAUUAUGAUAAUCGGCCUUCAGAUUUUGGACCGGUGAAAGGAGGAAACGUCGGAGGCCGAUUCUCUUACCCUUCUGGUGGUGGUGGUGGCCAAUACUUUGUCAAACCACAAAACCAAGAUGGAUAUCUAUGGUGGUUUUAG